ACCCCCUAUUGCACAGAUCCUCUGAAAGGAAAAACCCUAACAGCAGAGGAAGGAGGAAGAGAAUGGCGAAGUCCAUGAGAUCGAAGAGGGAGAAGAGGCUGAGGGCUAUUCGUAGGGAGAUCGUUGAGCCUUUCUACGAUAAGAAAGAAGCCGCUAAGCUCGCCGCCCAAGAGGCUGCCCUCGCCGCCCCUAAACUUCCCGUUCGACAACCACCUAACAUCGCCAUGGACGCUUCCACCUCCGCCCCAGCGCUCACUACCGCCAUGGAUGUGGAGAUGGCUGAUGGCAAUCAAAGCAUGGUUUCCCUUAAGCCUACUGGUGGAGUUGGGAAGAAAUCUAAGAGAAAAUUCAAGGUUGGCAAAUGCAAACGCCGUGGCGCUAAAGGCAAGUUUAGGAAGAAGCACAUAUAAGUCUCCAAUUGAUAAUGGUUGUGGAAGGUUGAGUCGAGAGUUGCUGUAUGUCACCCGUGAUUCAUCAAGAAUGUUAAAAAUUUUGCCCCAAGUUAUGUUUGGAACGAGAAGUUAUGUUUGGAACGAGGAGGAUAUAGGACAUUAAAUUUUGUUCCUGAGUUAGUAUGGAAAUUUAAUCUUCCAAUUAAUGCAAGGUCUAUUUAUGCCCUCUUCGUUUUUCUUGUAAAACUUCUGCGGCGGGAAGAUAGUGCCAUAGUUUUUUCUAUCCCCCCAGUUGUUAAUUAUUGGACUGUAUUAAAAAAUCCUAAAAACCAUUCGGCAAUUUUAUUUAAAUCCCUAACUAUUGACUCUA